GGGAUUUUUGUUUUGUUUUGUUUUUCGGUGUGUGUGUGUGCCGAGACUCCUACGCCCACCGCCCGUGAGUCCUGGAAGAAAGGGGCGUCUCACUACGCCCCCCAGCAUCCAAGAAAAUGGGGAGCAAAGCCUUGCCAGCGCCCAUCCCGCUCCACCCAUCACUGCAGCUCACCAAUUACUCCUUCCUACAGGCCGUGAACACCUUCCCCGCCGCGGUGGACCACCUGCAGGGCCUGUACGGCCUCAGCGCUGUGCAGACCAUGCACAUGAACCACUGGACGUUGGGGUACCCCCACGUGCACGAGAUCACCCGCUCCACCAUCACCGAGAUGGCGGCGGCCCAGGGCCUGGUGGACACGCGCUUUCCUUUCCCGGCUCUGCCCUUUACCACUCACCUGUUCCACCCCAAGCAGGGGGCCAUUGCGCACGUCCUCCCUGCCCUGCACAAGGACCGGCCCCGUUUUGACUUUGCUAAUUUGGCCGUGGCCGCCACGCAGGAAGAUCCGCCUAAGAUCGGAGAUCUGAGCAAGCUGAGCCCCGGGCUGGGCAGCCCCAUCUCCGGCCUCACUAAAUUGACUCCGGACAGAAAACCUUCCCGAGGGAGGUUACCGUCCAAAACGAAAAAAGAAUUUAUCUGCAAGUUUUGCGGCAGACACUUUACCAAAUCCUACAAUUUGCUCAUCCACGAGAGGACCCACACGGACGAGAGGCCGUACACCUGUGACAUUUGUCACAAGGCCUUCCGGAGGCAAGACCACCUGCGGGACCACAGGUAUAUCCAUUCCAAAGAAAAACCCUUCAAAUGUCAGGAGUGUGGCAAAGGAUUUUGUCAGUCUAGAACUCUAGCAGUUCACAAAACUUUACAUAUGCAGGAAUCUCCACACAAAUGCCCCACAUGUGGAAGAACCUUUAAUCAGAGAAGUAACCUGAAAACUCACCUUCUCACCCAUACAGACAUCAAGCCCUACAGCUGCGAGCGGUGCGGCAAAGUGUUCAGGCGAAACUGCGAUCUGCGGCGCCACAGCCUGACUCACACCCCGCGGCAGGACUGCUAGAGAGGCCCAGGAUGUCCCGCCCGCCGCCCUGCUCCCCUCCCCAGACACCUCGCUACGUCUCCCACCCGAGGGUCCCACCCCACACCCUUCAUUGACCCCCAGCUCUGCCCUUGCUGCAGCCGCACCUGCAGCUCCAGGGAGUUAAAAUGUUCUUCGGGAGGACUGAGAACUAUAUACAAAGCCACACUAGAACUGCACCCCUUCACCAAGCGCACGGGCUAGUUUCUUGUAGAUACUCACAGCUCAUUUUAGAGCUCUGUACAUAAUUGUCGUGGGUCUUCGUGUUGUUGUUUUUGUUGUUGUUUUUGUAUCUUGUCCGAUGCACCUAAAUGUGGAUAAAAAUGGAAGCCAAAUUUAUCUUGAAAGACUGUAUUUUCAAAAUAAAACUUCUCUCGUUUGUUUCA